GUUCAUUUCUAUUAACCUUCGAAAAAAAUUGUGUUAAGUUGUUCCAAGUUUUUUGGCAUUUCAGUUGAAACAACGGAAAAGUUUUUCCGAAGUCCUCAUGGCUUUUUUUGACGAAGACAUCCCGUUGAACCGUAAUGUGAUAAAUCCAACUGAUAAAAUUGAGUUGUUGAGCAAAUUUCGCGCACCUCCAAGUGGGCUAACUUCGGAAGAGUUUCGCCUUUGCAAGCAAUUCGAGAAAAACAAUACUUGCCGAUUGGGUUCCCAGUGUGUUGAAGCUCAUGGAGUUGAGGAAUUGAACCAAUGGAUUACUUUUUGGAAUACAUUGAAAGACAGAAUCAAUACCCAAUUAGAAAAAAAUGUGGUUUGCAAGACCUUUCUUCAGAAACUUCAUUUGGAAUCCAGUAAUUUUGACAGAUCCAAAUGCAUGUUUGUUUCGAACUUGCCAUUUGUUGACUUGAAGCUUGAAGAAAGUGUCAAUGUUACUUUAUCAACAAAGCCAGCUAGUACUAGUUGGACUAUAUCUUUAAAAUCUCAAGAAAAACUACAAAAUAUUGGUCUGUUGGAGGACAAUUAUCGUGAAAACUUUUUUAUUCAAAGUGUCUUAACAAGAGAAUCCAAUUUGAAACAUGGACAUCUCACAAAGAGCCGUCAAGAGUGGAAUAGUUCAAGCUGUGAAAACCCUUUCACCAUAAUCAUCACUAUCAAAUUUAAAUCCAACAUAUAUGGUUCCUUCAAUCAAGCAGUCAUCUUUGAUUUCGGAAGCAAAUCAUACUUGUCACUUCCUCUCAGGGUAGAAGUGUAUCCAGCUAAUGAAGGAUUUGAGUUAAGCAAGGAUGGAAAGCAGCUAAUUGUUUCUUCAGAAAAUCGGUGGACAGAAGAGAAUGCUGACAUAUUUAGAUUACCAUCAACUCAUUUGGAAGAUCACUGCUUAGAACUCCAAAAAAAAUACCCACAAGCUGGUCAUAAGCUGAAAUUUCCAACUGCUUUUGAAACAACCAUCUUAAAUCAUGCAAAUUACAAAGAACGAAUGCACUUAUUGCUUUGUGUUGAAGAACUUGCUCAAGCAAGAAUUCUCGCAAGUUUCAAUUUAACAGGCAAUGUAAUUUUGACUACAAAUUAUAUUUUAUCACCUGGCCCACUUUCUACAGCGAAAUAUUGCACUGGAGAAAAUGAGUUGUUUGCAAAACUGGAACUGACAUAUAAUAUAUCCGAGGAUACACCUGCUGGCCGUUUAAUUUUAAACAAUUGUAAUGUUGCAUUGAUAUCUUUUGGUCUGGAUAGUCAAGGUAAAAGGCGAGCGUAUGAAUGCGUCAUCGAAGAUAAAACCAAAGACGCUAUUUAUUUACGUCUCAAUGAAAAACUGGUGACUGAUUUUCAAUUAAAACAUGGAUCCGAGUUUCGAGUUCAAGCUCAGUUUCAGCUGAAUCGAGAUGUAUUUUGCGAGAAACACUGGGCGAUAGAUCUUUGUACUACUAAGAUUCUUUUUCCAGAUGUAGCUGUAUCAUACAGAUUUGAAGGGGAAAUUCCUGAAAUGGUUACGAAGUUGAACGUCCAACAACAACAAGCCGUGGCUGCAAUUUAUUCCAACCCUCGACAGAAGAGAGCGCCAAUUGUGAUAGCUGGACCAUAUGGCACGGGCAAGACGUUCACUUUUGCACAGUGUAUCAAGGUCAUUUUAGAUCAGCCUGACACACGUGUGUUAGUAUGCACUCACUCGAAUAGUGCAGCUGAUUUGUAUGUAAAAGAUUAUCUACAUCCUAUGGUUCAAAGUGGAAUGAAUCAUUAUCGUCCUUUGAGAGUAUUUUACAAAGUCAGAUGGUUGGCAACAGUUCAUCAUUCUGUCAUCGAGUAUUCUUUGCGUGAGACCGAUCCAACCAAAGCUUGUAGCUUCCGGCUUCCAAAAUUAAGUGAGAUAGAGCAACACCGCAUCGUGGUAACCACACUUGGAACGACAAGUUACCUCUUGCGGGCUGGUGUAAAGAAAGGUUACUUCACUCAUAUCUUAAUCGACGAAGCAGCGCAGUGCACCGAAUGCGACGUUUUGAUCCCUCUUUCAUUAGCUGACGAACGCACUCGCAUUGCGCUAGCGGGUGAUCACAUGCAGUUGAGUCCAGAAAUAUUUUCACAGGUGGCUCGAGAGCAACAAUUCCAGGUUUCUCUGCUAGAGCGGCUUUAUGACCGUUACCCACAAGAAUUUCCAUGUCGAAUACUGCUAUGUGAAAACUACCGGUCUCAUUUUGCCAUCGUGAAAUUCACUUCUGAACUUUUCUAUGACAAUCGUUUAAAAAGUGUUGGAAAGAAUGAACAACAUGCUGAAUUUUACCCACUUACAUUUAGGGGUGCUAAAGGUGAAGAUGUCCAAGAUCCAAACAGCACCUCAAUUUACAACAUGGCUGAAAUCUAUGAAAUUGGUGAAGUGGUGAAAAAGUUGCAGGACACAUGGCCUCAAGACAGCUGGGGUGCUUUUGACGAGAACUCCAUCGGGAUUGUUAGUCCAUAUUCGGAUCAAGUGUCCCGGAUACGCGUGCAUCUCCGCCACCGUAAACUGUUCGGAGUUAACGUGGAGAGAGUUUUAAAUGUCCAAGGAAAACAAUUCCGCGUCAUAAUUUUGAGCACGGUACGAACUCGCAAUACUUGCGUCAACGAGGAAAAAGAAAGGAAACGGCGGAAAUGCCCUUUUCUGCAAGCGGGGAAAGAUGAGUACGAGCUCGAAGAGGAAGAAGAUAACGAAGAAGAUGAAGAAGCGCAAUUUGGAUUUUUGUCAUCUGCCCGUCUCAUGAAUACCGCUGUAACACGAGCUCGAAGCUUAGUAAUUGUCGUUGGAGAUCCUUUAGCUCUGUGCUCGGUUGGUAAAUGCAGGAAAUUGUGGCACCGUUUUAUUGAAGCGUGUCGCGAUCAAAACUCACUCUACGGAAUAUCGUGGAUGCAAUUGCGUUCACACCUUGACGCCCUCGAAAUGAAGAAACUUUAUGGAUUGAAUCCGAUGGCGCCUGAAUUUGUGCCUAAAGUAAUACGUGUUGGGCAGUCAUCUCGAGCCACAGGAUCGACGUAUUCUCCAAGCAUAAUUAUGUCGACACAGCAGUACACCCUCGGAUUGCCUCCUUUCUAUUUGCCACCGCCACCCUCAUCGACUGCAACGGCCGGUAUCCCGCCUUUCCCACCGCCACCUUUUUAUCAGCAACGGUUCAAUCCUUGCAGUCCUCACCGUCAGCCGCAGUUAAAUCAAUCGCCAGCUACUCACCCGCACAAACCUAGACCUCGCAUCCUUCCCUUUAAUACUAAAUCACCCAACUAUAGUACUCCACAUCUUCCUGGGCCGAUUGUUCCUCCGCCAGUGGUCAACCAUUCGUUUGGAAAUUUCGGUACAGCUCCCAACUCGACUUUCUCACAGCUCAAUUCCUCUUUCCAGAAUCUACACAUGUCUCCAAGGUUUUCUGGGAGUGCACAUAGCCAACAGUUACAUGAAAUGAACUUGUUUCGGGGAUUCGACAUUUCGUAUUCCGCCCCGUUGAAUCGCGAUGAAUCUGUCGAAGCGAGUGGACCAGCUCACCGAGCUAUCUCGAAGCCAUUAACCGUCCAACAGCUGGAGGCUGCCCUUUUAAAAGAAACUCAAAUGUCGUCCAAGAUGGAAUCGUGGCCAGUAUCGCCUAGUAACGAGUCCAUUUGGACACCUCUCAGCGGCCCAUCUCUUUGGGAUAGUGCGGUUUUUUCUAAGGAGGAAGAAACCAAGAACGACACGGUACCAUUGUACUUACGCACCUCAAAUAGCAACAGCCAAAUGUCAGAUGACGAAAUGGAUAUGCUGGUGAAUUCUUUUGUAAAGCCAGAAGAAGUCGAUUCUGAGACAGAUGGAGAAAUUCCCUUGUGGGCGGACGUAAAUCUAGAACCAAACGAGGAUAUUGAGGUCAAAACUCUUCAAUUCGAAGAGUCAGUUCUCCGCUCACUCCGAAAAGAAAAUCUGAUUGAAUAAUUGUGUGUGUGUGUGUCUCUCUCUUUUUCAAAUCCCUUAUUUUAUCACCCCAUGAUUUUCUAUCUGGACUUGUCGAUCAAUUUCAAGUGAAGACAUACCAGCCUGUAAUGUAAAGAUUAAUAACGAUAUUCCUUUUUUUAUUGAAUUCUAAGCAAUAUGUCAUGAUAUAGUAAAAUCGUUGAUUUCUUUA